AUGCAGCGUGCCCUACCGGGCGCCCGGCAGCAUUUGGGGGCCUUCCUGGCCAGCGCCAGUGUGGUUGUGAAAACCCUGUGCGCGGCUGUGCUGUUCCUCUACCUGCUGUCCUUUGCUGUGGACACGGGCUGCCUGGCGGUCACCCCAGGCUACCUCUUCCCUCCCAACUUCUGGAUCUGGACCUUGGCCACUCAUGGGCUGAUGGAGCAGCAUGUAUGGGAUGUGGCCAUCAGCGUGGCCACAGUGGUGGUGGCCGGUCGUUUGCUAGAGCCCCUCUGGGGGGCCUUGGAGCUGCUCAUCUUCUUCUCAGUGGUGAACGUGUCCGUGGGGCUGCUGGGGGCCUUCGCCUACCUCCUCACCUACAUGGCUUCCUUCAAUUUGGUCUACCUGUUCACCGUCCGCAUCCAUGGCGCCCUGGGCUUCCUGGGGGGUGUCCUAGUGGCGCUCAAGCAAACCAUGGGAGACUGCGUGGUUCUGCGAGUGCCCCAGGUGCGCGUCAGCGUGGUGCCCAUGCUGCUGCUGGCACUGCUGCUGCUGCUGCGGGUGGCCACGCUGCUCCAGAGCCCGGCCCUGGCUUCCUAUGGCUUCGGGCUGCUCUCCAGUUGGGUCUACCUUCGCUUCUACCAGCGCCACAGCCGAGGACGCGGGGACAUGGCCGAUCACUUUGCUUUUGCCACCUUCUUCCCCGAGAUCCUGCAGCCUGUGGUGGGACUGUUAGCGAAUCUGGUGCACAGCCUCCUGGUGAAGGUCAAGAUCUGCCAGAAGACAGUCAAACGUUACGACGUGGGCGCCCCGUCCUCCAUCACUAUCAGCCUCCCAGGCACAGACCCUCAAGACGCCGAGCGGAGAAGGCAACUGGCCCUGAAGGCCCUCAAUGAGCGGCUGAAAAGAGUUGAGGACCAGUCCGUCUGGCCUAGUAUGGAUGAUGAUGAAGAGGAGAACAGAGCCAAGGCAGACAGCCCCUUACCAUCAGACAAGACCCCCACAUCCGCAGGGAAGGGGGCUGCCCCAGAAUCCAGCUUAAUUACCUUCGAGGCAGCGACCCCGAAUCUGUAA